CCCCCCCGCCGCGCGUCCAGUUCUUCUUCGCUUCGGUUUUAGUGGAGCGCACGGCUUACCGCUGCCCCCUACCGGCCCGGACACAGAACAACAUGAGCAUAACUAAACUUUGUGAGAGAAUAAAGUGUAAUAUAGCGCCCGAUAUGAACAUUUUCGUGAUGUUUUUGCUCUGAAAACCUCGUGUGCUGAGGCCCACGACUUGCACAGCACGUUUCAGGACGAGUCCAAUAUGGAGGUAUGAGGCAUCGCAGGACAUAGUGCGAACGCGAUUAUUUAAAUCACUGCCUCCUCGUGCCGUGGAGUGCGCAGCUGAAGGAGCGGCGCGCUAGAUAAGCCGUGAACGCGCACUAAGUGCUCAGCUUAUGUUCUUCAAUCCAGUUUCCUGUGUCCUCAAGUCCUGGCCCAAAGCGCGUUUCUCAGACCUUUAUUGGGGCUGCAAACCCUUGCAGGAGGAGCGGCGCUGGCCAAAGCGCUGGCUCGCCAUCAAAGCGCUCCCUCCGCCGGAAGUGGGCGCCUUUUCCCCCCUCGCGCGCUCACUCUGACUUGCGCAGUGCCCGCGAGGCUGUACUCGCAGUCGGGAGGCGCACGGAGCUCUUUCACGCAGCACUUGGAUGGCGCUGGACGUGCCGCAGUGAGGGCGCGGCGUGGGGGGAUUCGUGCGGAACUCGGCGGACGGAAAGGGCGCUGCGGACACACCGCUUUCCCAUGGUUUUUUAAACGCGCGGGGAGGUGCUUCGGAAAAACUUUUCGCAAACUUUCCCCAUAAGUUUUAGUUUAUUUUUAAAUAGUUGUAGUAAUUAUUAGUUAGACGCCAAGCAGCCGGCUCUGUAUAAAUUUUUUUUUUUUUUUUUCUCCUCUUAAAAAAAGAAUGAGUUCCCAUGCGAAGCUCGCGCUGGGAUGCGUGCUCCUCCUCGUCCUCGCUCUGCUCUCCGCGCUGCCGCGCGGCACUCUGGCCGCGAUGGACGAGUGCGUGGACGCGGCCAACAAUCCGCAGCGCUGCCUGCCCGAGUUCGUCAACGCCGCCUUCAACGUGACCGUGGUGGCCACCAACACCUGCGGCUCCCCGCCCGAGGAGUACUGCGUUCAGACCGGCGUGACCGGCGUCACCAAGUCGUGCCACAUCUGCGACGCGCGGGACCCGCGGCUGCACCACAGCGCCGUGUUCCUCACCGACUACAACAACCAGGCGGACACGACGUGGUGGCAGAGCCAGACCAUGUUAGCGGGCAUCCAGUACCCGAACUCGGUGAACCUCACCCUGCACCUCGGAAAGGCUUUCGAUAUUACGUACGUGCGGCUCAAGUUCCACACCAGCCGUCCGGAGAGCUUUGCCAUCUACAAGCGAACCAGGGAGGAUGGACCGUGGAUUCCGUACCAGUACUACAGCGGUUCCUGCGAGAAGACGUACCAGAAGCCGAGCCAGGGGUUUAUCCGUACCGGCGAAGAUGAGCAGCAGGCCCUGUGCACUGAUGACUUCAGCGACAUCUCGCCUCUUACCGGGGGCAACGUGGCUUUCUCCACUUUGGAGGGGAGACCCAGUGCUUACAACUUUGACCACAGCCCCGUGUUACAGGAAUGGGUGACAGCCACUGAUAUCAGAGUUACGCUCAACAGGCUCAACACCUUUGGAGAUGAAGUUUUUAAUGAUCCCAAGGUCCUCAAGUCCUACUAUUAUGCCAUUUCAGACUUUGCGGUGGGAGGAAGGUGCAAGUGCAAUGGUCAUGCAAGUGAGUGUUUAAAGGACAGCCGGCAUAAGCUGGUGUGCAACUGCAAGCACAACACUGCUGGCACUGACUGUGAAGUGUGCAAGCCCUUCUACAAUGACCGGCCCUGGAGAAGAGCAACGGCGGAGAACGCCAACGAGUGUCUGCCAUGCAACUGCAAUGGCAAGUCUGCAGAAUGCUACUUUGACCCAGAGUUGUACCGUGCCACCGGUCACGGCGGACACUGCCGUAACUGUGCCGACAACACCGACGGACCCAACUGCGAGCGCUGCUUAGACAACUAUUACAGGGACGGCUUGUCCAGUUACUGUUCUCCGUGUAGCUGCAAUCCAGUGGGCUCCCUCAGCACGCAAUGUGACAACAACGGGCGCUGCAGCUGCAAGCCAGGGGUGAUGGGGGACAAGUGUGACCGGUGCCAGCCUGGGUAUCACAGCCUCUCAGAGGCAGGCUGCAGGCCUUGCUCCUGUAACCCCUUCGGGAGCACCCAGGAGUGUGACAUCCAGACGGGUCGCUGCCAGUGCAAGGAGAACGUGGAGGGGUUCAGCUGUGAUAGGUGCAAGCUGGGGUACUUCAACUUGGACCCACUGAAUCCUCAGGGCUGCACUCCGUGUUUCUGCUUCCAGCACUCGGCGGUGUGCAACUCUGCCGACGGGUACAGCGCGCACGUUGUGACCUCCGGCUUCGAAAGAAGCAAUGAGGGCUGGAGCGGUCAGCAGCAAGACGGCAGCAGUGUCCAGGUGCAGUGGUCCCCCAGCAGACAAGAGAUCUCGCUCAUCUCUGAUGACUACUUUCCUAUGUACUUUGUGGCUCCAGAGAAGUUCUUGGGCAAUCAGUUCCUGAGCUAUGGACAGAAUCUUACCCUGAACUUCCGGGUUGAUCGACGGGACACACGCCUCUCUGCUGAGGAUGUGGUGUUGGAAGGGGCAGGGCUGCGCAUUGCGGUACCUCUGAUUGCACAAGGCAAUGCUUAUCCAGGAGAGAAUACGCAGACAUAUGUGUUCAGGUUACAUGACGCCACAGAUUACCCCUGGAGGCCCACUCUGUCCCAUUCGGACUUCCAGAAGCUGCUUCACAACUUGACUGCGAUCAAGAUCCGUGGCACCUACAGUGAAAGAAGUGCUGGGUACCUGGACGACGUAUCGCUUGUGACGGCACGUCGCGGUCCUGGGGUGCCAGCCCGUUGGGUGGAGCAAUGUACCUGCCCUCAGGCCUACCGAGGGCAGUUCUGUGAGAGUUGUGCACCAGGGUACCGGAGGACCCGGCCUGAACUCGGGCCCUUCAGCCCGUGCGAACUCUGCAACUGUCAUGGCCACAGUGACACCUGCAAUUCAGAGACAGGCCUGUGUGACUGCAGAGAUAACACUGCUGGACCCAGCUGCGAGAGGUGCAAGGACGGCUACUACGGUGACUCUACAGCUGGGACACCCACAGACUGUACACCCUGUCCCUGCCCGGAGGGCACAUCCUGUGCUGUAGUUCCCAAGACCAAAGAAGUGGUUUGUACCAACUGUCCAACUGGAACCACAGGGAAACGGUGUGAGCUGUGCGAUGAUGGAUAUUUCGGAGAUCCGACUGGUCAAAGCAGACCUGCAAGCCCAUGCAGGGCUUGCAAGUGCAGUGACAACAUUGACCCCAACGCUGUGGGCAACUGUGACCGCGAGACGGGAGAGUGCCUCAAAUGCAUAUACAACACGGAUGGCUUCUUCUGUGACCGCUGCAAAGAUGGUUUCUAUGGGAAUGCCUUGGCUGCCAACCCUGCUGACAAGUGCAAAGCCUGCUCUUGCUCUCCGUUUGGCACGGUGAACAGACAGACCAACUGUAAUCAGCUCACUGGGAAGUGCCCAUGUUUGCCCCACGUCACCAACCGGGACUGCAGUGCCUGUGACCCUGGCUUCUUCAACCUGCAGAGCGGCCGGGGCUGUGAGCCGUGCAACUGUAGUGCAAUUGGCUCCACAAAUGGUCAGUGUGACAUCACCACUGGUCAAUGCGAGUGCCAGCCAGGGGUCACCGGUCAGCGAUGUGAGCGCUGUGAGGUCAAUUUCUUUGGCUUUGGAUCAUCUGGCUGCAAACCGUGUGACUGUGACCCAGAAGGCUCGGAGUCAGCCCAGUGCAUGGAGGACGGUCGUUGUAAAUGCCGAUCUGGCUUCGUUGGGAGUCGCUGCGAUCUGUGUGAGGAGAACUACUUCUACAACCGCUCCCGUCCUGGUUGCCAGCAGUGUCCGUCCUGUUACUCACUUGUGCGGGACAAGGUACACCAGCAAAGACAGAAGCUACAGGAGCUGCAAACCCUCAUUGACAACCUGAGCUCCAGUCAGGAGACUGUUGGUGACAAGGCCUUUGAAGACCGUCUCAAGGAGGCAGAGAAGGCCAUUAUGGACCUUCUACUUGAGGCCCAAAAGAGCAAUGAUAUGGACAAAGGCCUGAUGGAGCGUUUACAGCAAAUCAACAACACGCUGACCACUCAGUGGAACCGGCUUCAGAACAUCAACAACACAGUAGGCGACACUGAGGCUUUGGCAGACAAGUCACGUAACCGUGUCAAGGAUGCCGAGAACCUGAUUGAUCGAGCCCGCGAGGAGCUUCAGAAGGCCAAGGAUGCCAUUAGCAAAGUGGAUAUCAAGACACCCACAAGCACUGGGGAUCCAAACAACAUGACACUUCUGGCAGAGGAAGCCCGGGUUCUCGCGGAGAAGCAUAAAAUGGAUGCUGAUCAAAUUCAGAAAAUUGCCAAGGAUGCCAACAGCACAUCUACCAAAGCCCUGGACCUGUUGUUGAAGACUCUGGAUGGGGAGAACAAGACCAACAAUGACAUAAAUGAUCUGAACCGGAAGUACAAUGAGGCAAAGGAACUGGCAAAGAGUCUAGAAAAACAAGCAAACAAGGUGCAUGCAGAAGCAGAGGAGGCUGGCAAUAAGGCCUUGCAGAUCUACGCUAACCUGACUGGUCUCCCACCUGUGGAUACCAAAUCACUGGAGGAUGAGGCAAACAAGAUACAGAAAGAGGCCUCAGACCUGGACAACCUCAUUGACAAGACUGAAAAGGAAUACAUGGACCUUAGAGAUGAUCUCAAGGGGAAAGAGGUUGAAGUCCGCAAACUGCUGGAGAAGGGAAAAACCGAGCAGCAGACUGCAGAUCAGCUUCUGGCUCGCGCCGAUGCUGCAAAGGCCUUGGCUGAAGAAGCAGCCAGGAAAGGAAAGUCUACGUACCAGGAAGCCCAGGACAUUCUAGGAAACCUGAAAGAUUUCGACAAACGUGUGAAUGACAACAAAACUGCCGCUGAGGAGGCCAUGAGAAAGAUCCCAGAAAUUAAUGCCACCAUCAUCGCAGCCAAUGAGAAGACCAGGCAGGCAGAAGGGGCAUUGGGCAAUGCUGCGGCAGAUGCCAGAGAGGCCAAGAACAAGGCAGAGGAAGCAGAGAAGAUUGCUGGCACUGUUCAGAAGAGUGCAGCCAAGACCAAAGAUGAUGCAGACAAAGCCUUCCAGGAUACCAUGAAGUUGCAGGAUGAGGUGAAAGACAUGAUGGAUCAGUUGGCGAAUGCUGAGAAGGAACUGGCCAAGAAGAAGGUAGAAGCAGACCAAGACAUGAUGAUGGCUGGCAUGGCAUCGGAUGCAGCCAAGGAAGCUGAAGACAAUGCUCGCAAAGCUAAAAAUGCAGUGAAGGCGGCUUUGAACACCAUCAAUGAGCUGCUGAAGCAAUUGGGCAACAUUGACAAAGUGGAUUUAAGUAAACUUGACCAGAUUGAUGGAUCACUGAAACGAGCCAAAGAUCAAAUGGACAACAGCGAGUUGGAUCGCAAGCUGAAGGAGCUCAACGACAUUGCCAAGGGUCAAGAGGAAAUGAUCACUGACUAUGACCGGCAGAUCCGUGAGAUCCGGGCCGACAUCAGCAAUCUAGAAGACAUCAGGAACACGCUGCCAGCUGGGUGUUUCAACACUGCUUCCUUGGAGCGACCCUAACCUCAGACCCCAUGUCCUUAAACUUACUCCUCUUUGUACCACUCCUUCUCACCUAUAACAAUGGCAAAAUGCCAUAUUUUACCAAAACUACUAUUUUGCUAAAACAAAAAAAGGUUAAACCAGGAUGUUUUAAUAACUUUAGUUCAUAUUUGUAACAAAGGGCGAAAACAGAUCGGUUACUUACGGCUAGUUUGUCCUGUGCAGCAGCUAUAGAGAGGAAGACAGCACCUGCCUAAAAAUCCCACAUGACUGCACCGUUCAGCUCUUCCUACACUUGUCGGAAGGGCUGUAUCUCCCUAAUAGUACUCCUUAGUGUCCAUAAUCCACUUUUUUGUGGAAUAUAUAAGCUUUUGUCUGUAAUCCAGACUUUUGAGACACCUUUGGUACACUUAGGCAUUUGCUACUUUAGGUAUUUUCGGACACAUUCUUGUGGCUUAAUGUUUUGAAUGGUCUUCCAUCGAAGCAGUGAAGGAAUCCUUAGUUUCAUUUGCUACUAAAGUCUCACAUAGUCUUUCUGUUAUUUCUCACAUAGUUUUUAUGAUGCUGAAAAACAUUUCUGUUGACUAUUAUUAUGCUGUAUUCAUGGAAGCACAUCUUGCUCUACGUGUACACAGAACUAAAACAGCACAGACAGCAAACUUACCAAAAGUAAAAAAUGAAAAAAAAAGGAAACGUGAGACUGCCUUACGCAGAUAUUUUAGUUGGAUUCUAUUUUCAAAUUAUUUCACAAACUUCAGUUUUUAUUUUCCUGAAGCUGCUGCAUAUAAUACAGAUGUAUUACAAAUUACAUAACAAACUUCAAACACUAUGCAACGUUGUACAUUUGCGUAGCAAAACUUUGAUACACUGGUGCUAAUUAUUUCAAAUGUUAUAUUUUUUGUGUGAAUGUUUUUAUUAUAGUGUGAGAAUGAGAUUUUCAUGUAAAUAUAUUCCUAUAUGAUUCAGGACUGAUUUUAAAAAAAAAAAAAAACCAACAGUCUCCUCGUAUAGGUUUUCUCGCAGAAAAGCAACUGAAACCUCCACA